GUUCUAUUCAUAGCCUGAACAAAUAUGUUGGGACAGGAAUAAGCGGGGAGCGGCCUACCUUGAGUGUGCGAAUCUGGCCGAUAAGCAUGCCGAGGAAGGCCCAGAUGACUAUGCAGAUGGAGAAACACAACUGGGAAAGGCAAUCAGCUUCUGCUCCAACCUUACAACCGCACAUCAAACGAACACGGUGCUUGGCCACUUGGAACGAGCGAGACCCGUCGCGCCCAGGUGCCGAAUAUACGCUCCGCAAGAUCGGCGUAGCUCAGCACAGGCUGCAGCGACGUCAGGUCCGGUAGUUUCAGAUGACACCGAAUGAAGAUCGCG